GGCAGAAGGAGAGACUGAGGCAAGUUUCACAGCAGAAGUGAAAGCUUAUUAAAAAGCUUUAGAGUAGCGAUGAAGGGAAGUAAAGUAUACUUGGAAGAGGGGCCAACCAGGUGACUUGAGAGAUUCAGGGGUUCUGUUUGACCUUUGACUUGGGGUUUUAUACAUUGGCAUACUUCCGGGGUCUUGUUUUCCUUAUCCGCCCACCUGCUAGCACUUGGGAGGGAGCAUGCGCAGUGUGUUUACUGGAGUUGUACGCGUGUUCCCUUGAGGCAUUCUUCUCUUACCAGCCGAACAUCCCUAGCAGGUCCUAUACCAGUUCAACUCUGCCAUUUUGCCUCUUCAUGCGCAUGUGUGAGCCUACUCACCCAAUACCUGAGAUCUGACUGGAAGCGACUGACCACCAGCUUCAGGUGUUCCUGUGUAUUGGGAGACUGCCUUUCCCUGGUGCUGGCUGUGACCAGUUAUUAUUUUAGAGAGACGGUUAACAACUGCCUGCCCAUCGCCUGAUGGUUGCCUGACAUUCCUGUCCUGCUCCUGUCUGACCAGCUACCUACUGUCACAGUCGGUCUGCAGGUGAAAGGCCCGCUCACAGAGGAGCCAUGUGAGGUGUCUAGGAAUUAACUAGCCCUGGAAGGAGCAGGCUGUCUCUGGCCUCCAAGAUGUCAAAGCGUCCUAAAAUACAGAAAAUCGAAAGCAUGUUUAGUGCCCAGGGAUGCUCAGAGGCAGUGGAGUGUAGAGUCAGUCAAGGAAAUAGAUUGACAGUCCUGGUCACUUAAUCUGCCUGAGCCUCAAUUUCCUUAUCUGUAAAAUCAACAACUGUUAUUCAUUCAACAAGUGGCUGUUUAAAAGGACAGACUCCAGGCCUGCCAAGGUCAUUGAUGGGUUUAGAGAGAUAGCACGUAGUGUUUGGCACACCAGAGAUGCCCAGGGAGUGGCAGUUGGUGUCACUGUGCUGCAGGCUCCAGGGAGCGGCAGAGGAAGAUUGGUGUGGAAUGGUGGUGUCUAGGGCCAUUUCUUUGGCUGUUUGGAGCCCUUGGAGCAGAGGCUAUGGGUGGACAGAACCCUCAGGAAUGUUCUUGGGAUUCAGACUUGCUGCCGGACAAGGGUUGUCAUGGAGGCCAGCUGUGGACAGAACCCUCAGGAAUGUUCUUGGAACUCAGAGUUGCUACUGGACAAGGGCAGGAUCCCCGGGGAGUCUGAGGCAUAUUUGGAGGCCAGGUCUUGGGAGGUGCCAGGGGUUCAGGGAGAGCUCUGGCACAAGCGACCAUUCAACUCAGGGACUUGAGACAACAGAGCACUGAAGGGGAGAGCCCCAGGCCUGCCCAGCUGUGGACAAACAAGGACUUUGGAUCCUGGGAGGAAGGGAAUCAGGCAGCUGCUGAACCCUAGAGAUGAAGGACUUCCUCCCACUGGCUUGGUUCCUGGCUUGUAGUGUGCCUGCUGUGCAAGGAGGCUUGCUGGACCUAAAAUCGAUGAUCGAGAAGGUGACAGGGAAGAAUGCCCUGACAAACUAUGGCUUCUACGGCUGUUACUGUGGCUGGGGCGGCCGAGGAACCCCCAAGGAUGGCACUGAUAGGUGCUGUUGGGUGCAUGACCACUGCUAUGGGCGGCUGGAGGAGAAGGGCUGCAACAUUCGGACACAGUCCUACAAAUACAGAUUCGCAUGGGGCCUGGUCACCUGCGAGCCUGGGCCCUUCUGCCAUGUGCAGCUCUGUGCCUGUGACCGGAAGCUCGUCUACUGCCUCAAGAGAAACCUAUGGAGCUACAACCCGCAGUACCAAUAUUUUCCCAACAUCCUCUGCUCCUAGGCCUCCCCAGCGAGCUCCUCCCAGACCAAGACUUUUGCUCUGUUUUUCUACAACACAGAGUUCCGACUCUGCUGGAUUCCUGAGAGAGGCUCCUAAGUCACAGACCUCAGUCUUUCUCGAAGCUUGGAGGACCCCCAGGGCCACACUGUACCCUCUAGCAAGUCCCCGGAGAGUGACUCUGGUCACAGGACUUGGUAGGGUCCCAGGGUCCCUAGGCCUCUACUUCUGAGGGCAGCCCCUCUGGUGCCAAGAGCUCUCCACCAACUCAGGGUUGGCCAUGUCUCUUUUCUUCUCUGAAGACAGCGUCCUGGCUCCAGUUGGAACACUUUCCUGAGAUGCACUUACUUCUCAGCUUCUGCGAUCAGAUUAUCACCACCGCCACCCUCCAGAGAAUUUUUACACAGGAAGAGCCAAAUUGACUCUCUAAAUCUGGUGUAUGGAUAUUAAAUAAAAUUCAUUCUCAAGGCUAAUAAAAACCACACAGACAUUUUCCUCUGCUGUGGGGGAUCGCUGGUGCCUCCUUCUCUGCCGCUGGGGUAAUAAACCCAAAGUUAUCUACGUUAUCUCAGAGACAGAAAAGAAGAUUAGUAAAUGCAGGGUUUUCUGGGAUGAGCUUCAGGCUUUCUCUUGGGCUUAUUUCCUUAAACCUUGGGGUCCUCUCCAGUGUUGGGUCUCAUUCUUCCUCGAUGGGGUGGGGGAAAGAUAACUGGUGAUUACGCCAGCUUCAGCUUCCAGGCCAGAGAGGGUGGCAUUGAGAUCCCAGUGCUGGUUUCUUCAGCUGUGUGGUCUUGGACCCAUUACUGAACCUCUCUGACUUUCAGUCUAUUUGAGAAAGAAACUGUCUUGUUCCUUGCAAUGUAAAAUGAGACUUCUAAAGCCCACCUUGAUGCUGAUAUGGGGGAUGCUAAGAUUCUAGGAUUUCACACAGCAGGAAUUUGUUUUAAAUAGGUGUCAGCUAUGGGGUUUAUUUUUUUACAAAGUAAGGACAUUUAAAAAACCAACCCGUCUAUCAAUUCACAAAAGAAAGGAUGUUUGUUCUGAUACCAAGACUGCAAGAAGAAAGGAUGUAUUCCAAAACAAAGGAACGUCCUUCCAAGAAAGUACCUAUGGCUUCUUUAUUCCGACAUACCCCAAAAUAACUGCAUGAUAAAUAGGGUCUAUAUUUAAAAAGCUCUAGUGGUGAAUGUUUUCAAAAUAAAAUUUAAUUUUAUGAGAUUACCCUGAA